AUGGUCCCUCGGUCGGUCGAGGUCGCCGCCCUCCUCGUGCCUCUUCCCAACGUUUCCUCGGCGGCCGAUGCCGUCUGCUCCGACUCCGCCGUCCCCGGGUCUGCCCUGCCCUCGUCUGCGCUAGCUUCUGUUUCGUCAUCACUGGCGUCCCUCCUCUUCUUUCUCCUCUUCUUGUAUGCUUUGUACAUCGCGUCGAUUCCUUUUCGCAAAAAUCGGUAUCUCACGGAAUCCAACCAAAACCGCCGCAGGUCCGGGCGGGGCCGAAAACGGCUUUUGCUGCCAGACAGCUACAACGUCCAGAAGGUCAUCGCGUGGCGGCAGAGAGCUGGGGGGAUCGAGCUUCUGACCGCUUGGGAAGACUACGAUGUCGAUGGUUGGACGUGGGAGCCCCUCGACAACAUCCCCCAGCGGUUUGUUCGGGCCUUUCAUGCGCAGCGCGAACGUCUCCCGACAUCCUUUUUCUACGUCGUGGCCAGGAUGCGCGACCGGAUCGCCUUCAAGGUGAUCGAGAGGACCGGCCCGAUGUUUGGGCUUGCUGUCCUGGUCGAGGAGGCCUCCCUGCGCGAGUAUGCGCUCGCGCUGCUGCAGUACUUCUCUACUCCUCCGAGCGGCACAAAGGCCAAGAUCGCGGUCAAGGAGGACCACUGGCAGCGGGCGCACACACUCACCAUCUUCUCGCAGGAGCACGCCGCGUGGAUCGUGUCGCUGCACGAGUCGCGGCCUACCCACGGCGUCGGCGCGCUCCGCAUCAGGGGCGCGCGACGCAUGUCCAACAUGCUGCUCGUCGCGUGCAAUGCUCGCACGCCGAUGCGCCUCUCCUUUGUGGAGCCGCGCGCAGGCGGCUCCGACGCGCCUGCCCCCGGCUCCUACAAGUUCACGGUGGACUUCACCACCGUGGGCAUCAACUCGGCGACGGGCGACAUCAUGCCGUACACCGCGCCGAAGGACGAGACACGCCUCGAGAUGGCAGAGGCGCACGCGCAG